CCGGACACCCGGGUAAUAAAGUGCGAAGAAGUGGAGUGGUCUUGUCGAGAGGAAAGGCGGACGGAACAGGAGGAGACCCCAGGAAAUGAAAGUAAUAAUUAUCGAGUGCUUGACUUAGUCCCAUUUUCGGAAUCAACUGAGGGACGUCUUCUGUACACACCAUUAAGCUACCAGCAUAGUCUAGAACAGUCAGAACCUCCUCCAACCCCUACGUUUUCGCCAAAGUGGAGUCCUGGUAUAGAAAUUUACCGUCCAGUUGCCUUACCAUCUGCGCUGCAAAGACAGAGUGACGUGUUUGUUCCAUAUACGCAGGAAAGUAGAGCACAACCAACCUUUGAAAGUUCCUACAAAACACCAUGGGCUACUCCAGCAUCAGAUCCAUCUCCGAUGCUUGGAUCAUCAAGUCGAUUUUCUACAGCUGGCAGCAGCGGUCAGAUUCAGCUAUGGCAAUUUCUGCUAGAAUUACUAGCGGACGGUGGGAAUGCCUCUUGUAUCACAUGGGAAGGGGGCAACGGGGAAUUUCGCCUCACAGACCCAGAAGAAGUUGCCCGAAGAUGGGGAAGGCGAAAAAGCAAACCACACAUGAAUUACGACAAACUCAGUCGUGCUUUGAGGUAUUACUAUGACAAAAACAUUCUAACGAAAGUUCAAGGGAAGAGAUACGCUUAUAAGUUCGAUUUCCAAGGAUUGCAAGCAGUGUCCCAAUCACCUAUUCCAGAAACUCAAACGUACAAAUAUCAAUCGCCUGACGUUUUCCUGUCUGCAGGGCCUCCAAGGAUCGAUUUGGGCCCAGGACCCAGCUUGUUCCAACCUCAGACAACAUACUGGAGUUCGCCAGGACUGUAUCCAGGUUUACCACCAACGCAUACGUUGCAAAGUCACGUUGCUCACGUAUCUAGUCAUCCUCCUGGUGCUCUAUCUAGUCAUUUUUCUCAUUAUGCAUAGUUCAUUUGUUUUUUGGGCAUAGAUCAUUUUCAAUGAAAUGCGUCAAUUGCAGUGAUUGCAGGGUUUUUCCAAAGUGACUGUUUAUUUCCGCAUAAAAGUCAAAUGGCGAGAAACAAAGAAUGAAUAUCAGACAAACCUAAACAUCAAGUAGAAAUUUCAACCAUAGAACGAAGAGAAACACCAAAACGUAUUUUUUCGUAAUUUCGUGAAAAGGGGCUUAUCUUAUGGGCAUUUCUCUGAUAUUACAAAACGUCAUGGCAAAGCUACAAAAGACUUUACUACAACUGUUAUAGUCACUAAGUGACAGAAUGCUGAUGUCUCACAAGCGUCACACUGGGACACAUUUGUGACAUGUUUCAUGUGACUUCACUGCGGCAGUUAGUCGCUGACCCAUCACCUUAGGACCUUCUGAAGAUGUCACAGUAACAUACUUUUGUGAGGUCGUAAUGGACUGAUAUUCGUAAGUUGCUGCAACUUGUUGAUGACUUUUGAGUGCCCGUCACACGACGGGGACCCUACUGAAACCAUCAAGUGACUUUCACAAAAAGCUCCUGCUUAACUCACUGUGGUGUUAGGAAUAUGAAUAAUAAACUUUGUACCCCAGAGCCAGACUAGCGUAAGUCCAAAAAAUGCGAUUUUCAGUUUAUUAGUGCAUUGUAUGUAGAAUCCUAUUCCGAAUCGAGCUAUAUGAACGUAAUGGGGUCGUUUCCAAUAUUUUAAAAGUAUUUUUUUCUGAAAGAACAUGCUUAAAAACAUAGGAUGUAACCAUUUUUAAAUAAUUUGUUUAAGUUUAAUAUUUUCAAAAAAUUACUUAAGCAGGUGAUCUUUCAUUGUUUACAUUUCUUGCCGAUGACAUCACAAAUUAUGAAAUGCCAUUCUGUGUUGCCAUUCACAGAGCAAAAUAUUUAAUUCGCAUUUUUACUCACGUGUAUUGGCGACGAUAUGGUUGAUAGCAAGCGUAGAGAGCAAUUUUAAUGCACUUCUUGAUUAUCGUAACGUGGAAAUGCGGUACAAAGAUGCGCCAAAAAGUAUCAUUUGUAACGUCAUCAAGACCACGCCUUGUUUGAAAAAUCAGACAUUUAAAAAAAUUAAUUAAAAAAUAACUGUUGGGAAAAUGAAAGAAUUUUCUGGGUUCAUGUAUUUUUUUGGCUUAUUCUAUCAAUUUCAGUGACUAAAAGUACUACUUUUGACUGAAAGAAACAACCCCAUUCUAAAAAAUAAUAUCCAUUGCAAUUUUUUUACCAGGGUUAAAGAGUGCAAGUCCCAUCCCUUGUGUACAUCAGGUGAACGUUUUCCCUCUCUUCUGUAAUGUAGCGAUUAUGUGACUUACGUUAGUCUUGUUCUGAAGUACAGAACUGAGCCAACCAAUCAGUUCAAAGAAUGCCGUAGCCAAUUUAUUGUCAAUCUUAGGUCGAAAGUUAUGUGAAAUACUUACUUCCCAACUUUAACUGAAGUUACUCAUAAACUUACUAUUUCAUAGCUUUGAAAUAUAACUGUAGCAUUAACUUACCACAUAACUGUCAAAUUGCCAAACAUAGCCUUACUUCGUUUCUCAAUUCUUUUAAUUAAGAACCAUAUAUUUUUAUUGUGUACAUUGGCAAGUUAUAUCUGCAUAUGUAUCUUGUACUGCUGGAACAAUUAUCUUUUAAAGUAAAUAUUGCUUUCCUUCUUCAAAGCUUUAAAAUAAAAUGAGAUAAAAGUCCUUUCUUAAAACUACUGCUUAAAAAUUGUUUGUCUAAUCGGCAAAUGAAAAUCGGUAAGUAGUCAAUUAAAUUGAAAAUUUUAUUCUUUUUUUUAUUAUGAAAUCUAAUAACAAUUUUGUAAAAGGUUAUAAAGUAUUUUUACUUGCAGCAAAAUGUUUUUAUUGUUUAACUCCGUCAUUUACAGUUUUAAUCUAUAAGUAUCUUUCUUUAAAUGAAUAUUUUAAAAUUAUA